AUGACAGGAAAAAAAUCUGGAUUCCUUGGACUCUUUAAUCAGAACUAUCUAGGUAAUAACGUUAGUUUUCUACAUUGGGUUAUACACCAAGACACUCUGUGUAAACCUGCAUUGAGUAUGAAACCUGUGCUUGAUGCAGUAGUAAAGCUUGAUAAUACUAUUCAAUUUCGUGGACAAACUCACAGGCAGUUCCAAGAUUUUCUUCAGUCUGUGCAAUGUGAAUACUAUGAUGUACUGUAUUACACGAAAGUAAGGCGGCUUAGUGCAAGAUUUGUUCUCGAGGAAGUUUGGCAGCUGAAAGACGAUAUUGUGCAGUUCUUCCACGAGAAACAGUCUUCAGCAGAGUGCGAAGUAUUAGAAGAUACAGAAUGGCUUUCAGACUUUGCAUUUUUUACAGAUCUUCUUUGUCAUAUGAACAACUUGAAUGUUAAGAUGCAAGGGAAAAAUCAAUUCAUCAAUGAUAUCUGGGCCCAUCUCAAAGCUUUUGUUGUAGCUUAA